AUGCCAUUUUUGAAGAAGAUCACUGGGGGUGGCUAUCAUUCUCGCUCCGGUUCUGCUUCUUCAAUAAAAUUUGGUCCAUCAUCUAAUCAGCAAGGUACAUCGACGAAAACUACCAGACCAUCAUCGAGAAAGAGUGUCGUAAAUGAUAAUAGGACCUCCACAAUUUUGAAUGGGACAUCUCUUAACCAAGAAAUCUCUGUAGAUACCUCAACCACAGAUAGUAACGCUCUACAGCCGCUGCACGUUAAUACAUCGACCUCUACUAUAUCACAAUAUAUUACCUCCAACAAUACUAGUCCGAAAAGUCCAAUUGGACCCCUGCUAAAUACUGGCACUCCAAAUUUUGUAUCUUCGACUAAUACACCAUCCGCUACUGUAUCGAUGCCCUAUGUCCCCGAAAACAGUAAAUCAAUAUAUACGAAUAAUUCCAAUUCAAGGAAGUCAUCAGGAGGAAAUAGCGUCAAUAGCUUAUCCUUCGACAAGUUAAUACUUUCAUGGGAUCCUACAGAUCCAGAUGAAUGGACUUUACAACGUGUACUAUCAUGGUUUAGGUUCCACGAGUUUCCUGAAUCAUGGAUCACCUUCUUUAGGAAACAUCAAAUAUAUGGUUAUAAGUUCAUCAAAUUAUUGGCUCAUGACAAUUUUGCUGUUUAUGAAAGGUAUUUGCCUCAGGGGAAAAAUGCAUCGUAUACAAGAUUUCAACAUCUACUGAAGAAGACGAUGACAAAAAAUGUUAACAAUACUAAUCAUAUCAGACAAAAAAGUUUAGAAAAGACAAAACCCUUAAGAAGUUCAAGUGAAUCGAUAAAUUUGAAACAUAAUAAUAGCAAAUCACAAGAUGAUAUUCCUUCUGCGUCAUCAUCAUCUUCCUCCUCCAGGUCGGCAUCUGAAUCUGCAUUGACACCAACAAAAUCAGAUCCAUCAUUCCAAAAUGAUCUUAAUACUAAUAACAAUACAAACAAAUCGUUACCCUUAAGGAGUCAUCAGAAGACUAAAAGUACAAGCUCUUUAUAUAGAAGAAGUUUUAUUUCUCUUCGUGGUUCAGUUUCUGGGAAUUCACCAAAUUAUGCGAAGAGUCCUUCUUCAAACAUAAAAUUAUAUAUUCCGUCACGCCCACAGUCAAUAAAUGAAGAACAAGUAGUCACAUCGAUCAAUAGCAAUACUAACACUAUCAACAAACCUUCCAAUACGACCCAUUAUAUUCAACAACAACAACAACAACAACCAUUGACGCCGCCAUCGGCAUCACCAGGUGGCAUAUUUAGAAGGCAUCAUAAAAGCAGUUCAUCUGAGUCGUCUCUCUUAAACACAUUAUUUGGUUCUUCUGCUUCUUUAUCAGCAACGGCAGUUAAUAGCAACAUGACAAAUAACGAUAACAAAGGUUCAAAUUCUGUCAAUGCAUCGUCGUAUCAAACUGUUUCAAGCAAACACCAUCAUAGUUUAUCUAGCGAUAAUUUAGCAAAACCUAAACCAUUUUACUUCGACGAAUCUGUACCUCCACUUCCAGUAAAACAUGGAUCUACCUCAUCAGAAGAGAAAAGCACUAUAUGGGAAAAGAUUAAAAGGAGAAGUCAAGUUAUCACUCCUAUCCCACAUCCAACAACAUCUUCCCCAUCUCUGGUAUUACCAUCACCAUCAAAUUCAAGUGUACUCACUUUAACUCCUACUCACCAGGAUGCAGCCUCAAUAACACCAAUAUCAACUCCCACCACUAAACAGUCACAGAAAAAAGAACCGUAUAAAUCAGAAAACAAAGCAAAGAAAACUGAUAAUCAAAUAAAUACAAAGGAAACAAGGAAAACGAAAAUAAAAAUUGAUAGUAUAUUUUUCCCAAAGGAAAAAUUGAAAGUCGAAAAUCUUUCUCAAAAAAGCAAAUAUAUCUUAGCUACGAAGGAUAAUAACUCAUAUGUUCCGAUCGAUAUAAGCUCUGCGAAAACUGUUGAAAAUUUAAAAGACUUAUUUGCAUUGAAAUUGGGCAUUAUAUCCAAGAAUUUUACCAUUCACAUGACUGACUUUCAUUGUGAUGCAGGUGCUGCCAUUCCUGAUGACAUCUUGAAUGUUAUAAUGGAUGACUCCUUUGAGAAGACAACUAAUAAAUUCUACAUUCAAGAAACAAUAAAACCUUUGAAGAGACGAAGUAGAGCUGCAACUGUAUCAAGCGAACAAUACCCUCAAUUACGCUCAGUUAAGAGCAAAAGUUCAUUGGGUUCUGUAACGAGUAGUAUUGUGACUAAUGUCGAUAACAACUCAGUGCAUACUUCCUCAUCUGAUAUAACAUCUUUUGAUGAUCAUGCAUCUGGGAACGGUAGAAGGUAUCCUCAAACCCCGAGCUAUUAUUAUGAUGCAAGUUCGAAUAAUACUAACAACAAUAAUAAUACAAACGAGGAAAUAAAUUAUUGGAAUUAUAAAGAUAAUAUCGUCCCCGAAGAACCCCACGGUUCCAAAAUUAUGCCGAAACAGGUACAGCCAUUGAAGUUCAAUCUUGCCUUACCUGAUAAUGGUAAUCAUCCUAUGACUAUACAAGAGAAAGAAAUUAAUUCAUUCCAUAUUCUCAGAAGAGACGAGAGUAAAGAAAUAGAUUUUAAUAAAAGACGUGAGUCACCAUAUACAAAGCCCGAAUUAGCGCCUAAAAGAGAAGCGCCUAAAGCGCCAACCAAUGUUUCUCCUCAAAGAGUUCUUUCAAUAUCUAGUCAAACUUCAGGGAAACCAAAUUUCAAUUUAAGAAGAUCUAAGAAAAUAUAUAGGAAUGGAAGGACGAAACCACCACCACCUCCUGUCAGCAGUGCUCAAUUAGAAGGAAUAAGCCUACCGACCGAUGCAAUAGUAGCUUCAUACACACCUGGCUCUACGAAUGUAUUAGUGCCUCAACCAUACAAAGGAGUUGUGACUUCUGAUUCAGUUCGAAAAUUUAGAUCUGAUGCUGACGAUGUUAUAAUUCAUCCACUUCCUCCAAUAAUGAAUAAAAAAGGAAUAAACAGAUCAGGUUCUACACUCUCAACAAACAAUGUUCAUAUGCCAUCACCACUAUUAAAAAGAGGAAGUACGCGAAGAGUCAUUUCUUCUACAUCAGCAGCGGACGUCUUUGAAGAAAAUAAUAUUACAUUUGCUGAUGCCCCAAUGUUGUCAGAUGAUGACGAUGGUGAUGGAAGCUCCUCUUCAGAAAGUGAUAUUAUUCAGUGGACUAGAAAGACUUUAGAUGAUGAUGAUGAUGACACUCUGGUUUCAAAAUCAAGCCCUAGGGAGGGCAACGACGAGCUUAAUGAACGAGAUGAUGAUGUGAUCAUAGUGACAGGGAAUGAACAAGAAAACGAAGACAAAAAACCAACGAGGAAAAUGACUUUGAGACCAACUGCAGAAGUAGUUUAUCAAAAUUUGGAAAAGUUUUUCCCCUCUGCUAACUUGGAUAAACCGAUCAUCGAGGGAAUUCCCUCCCCCACUUCUCCAAAAUCGAAAGAUCCAUCCAUUUUCAAUAACGAUCUUGCUACGAAUAUAAGAGAGACCAGUCCGUCUAAAGAAGUUGGAAAAAAUCCCUUUUCAGAUGGGAUUAUUUCAUCUACAAAUAGUAAGCUGAAAUUACCUAGAAGAACUAAGACGAUUAGAACGAUUGCUCAUGAAGCUAGUGAGAAAAGGAAGAAAUCUAUCAAAUUAAAAAGACAAAAUACGAAGAUGUGGGGCACGAGAAUGGUUGAGGUUACUGAGAAGCAAAUGGUUUCAAUAAAUAAAUCGAAGAAUUCUAAAGGUGAAUAUAAAGAAUUUGCUUGGAUGAAAGGUGAAAUGAUUGGGAAGGGUUCCUUUGGUGCAGUCUACUUAUGUUUAAAUGUAACCACUGGAGAAAUGAUGGCUGUCAAACAAGUUGAAGUUCCUAAAUAUAGUUCUCAAGAUGAAGCUAUUAUGAGUACCGUAGAUGCAAUCAAAUCAGAAGUUUCUACAUUAAAAGAUUUGGAUCAUUUAAAUAUUGUUCAAUAUUUAGGAUUCGAAAAUAAAGACAAUAUAUAUAGUCUGUUCCUAGAAUAUGUUGCUGGCGGGUCUGUUGGAUCUUUAAUUAGGAUAUAUGGUAGAUUUGAUGAACCAUUGAUUAGACAUUUGAAUAUACAAGUUUUACGAGGGUUAGCUUACCUCCAUGCUCGUGGUAUUCUUCAUAGGGAUAUGAAGGCAGAUAAUCUAUUGCUUGAUCAAGAUGGUGUUUGUAAGAUCAGCGAUUUUGGUAUCUCUAGGAAAUCUAAAGAUAUCUAUUCAAAUUCUGAUAUGACAAUGAGAGGUACAGUAUUCUGGAUGGCACCGGAAAUGGUGGAUACAAAACAAGGUUAUAGCGCUAAAGUGGAUAUUUGGUCAUUAGGUUGUAUUGUUUUAGAAAUGUUUGCAGGGAAGAGACCGUGGUCCAAUUUCGAAGUUGUUGCUGCAAUGUUUAAAAUUGGGAAAUCCAAGUCAGCACCACCAAUCCCAGAAGAUACUUUACCCUUAAUUUCCGCGGAAGGAAGAGAAUUUUUAGAUGCUUGUUUUGAAAUAGAUCCUGACAAGAGACCGACUGCGGAUGAGUUAUUGUAUCACACCUUUAAUAGAACGGACUCUAGCUUUGACUUUAAAAAGACAGCUUUAGCAGAGUUUAUUAAAUCAAACGAUAAAAUCAACUCAACGAAAUUGAGAGUUGCAUCACAAGAGAGCAGUUAA